UUGAAAUUUAACAGUGGUAACAAAGCCAUUGAAAAGCUAGACUCGAUGAGCGAAUUGGAUGAUGAAGUCAAAGGUAAAGGUGGUAAUGGUGAAAAACAGAAACCGCAGGUAUCAACAGAAACCGUUGUGUCUAUUCAACAAACGAAAUUUGAAUUACCGGAAUGUCAAAAAGAUAACGAUGAUAAAAAAGAGAAGGAAAGAGAUUUUCGUGCAGAGAAUGAUGAUACUUUGAGCUCAGUGUGUCUUCUUGGCGAGCCACUGGUAAAACAUGGGCCUUAUACGUUUUACAGCGCGCUAGGAUACCGUAAACGUGGUGAUGUGUCAAACAACAAAAGACAGCGGAGGAAAAAGCAACAGUCAAUAGAGUCAUGUUGCUGUAGCAAUGUUGAUGCAGACAAUUAUUCAUGUUCCUGUUCUGUCUCAUCGUCUGGUUCUGAAUGGUCAGUUGUACGCAUGAACCAUUUUUACGCUAUCCGCCCAUGGUUUAACAUUAGAAAUAAUAGUGAUUCGCUACAAUAUUCACGGGAGCGGCGUCGUCCUUCAAAACAUCUAAAACAUUCAUCAAAGUUAUCCACAUCGAGUGCGGCAGUUGAACGAAGUGUACAUCAAUAUCAGCAAUCUGUAUAUAUUGGUGAACUAGAGUUAUUAUGGCGAGAUGAUAGUAUAGAAAGAACUACUUCGGUGCCUUCAUCAUCACUGAUUAAAAAACGUAUUAGUAACAGAGUUACGCCUUCGUCGUUAGUAACGACAUCAAAUGGUGGCGAGGACAAGAUAGACGACACGCCAAUUAAUAGCCAUGGAGAUGUAGCAGCCACUUCUGAGGAUGACGAUGGUGUCGGAAAUGAUGACGAUUCAGCAUUAUUGUUGCCACGCCGUCGUACCUUACCCAGGCGUACUCGCCAGCCAUCAGCUAAAAAACUUGAAGCUGCAGAAUCUUGUGCUGCAGUAGCAGCAGCAACAAUUUCUGAUAAUCACCCUUUACAACAGUCGCUGAACCAUCGUAGUCGGCAAUCGACAGUACCUUUAUCAAACCCCCCUUCCAUGACUAUGCCUCAAUCUACUCCUGAUGCCCAAUACAAACAUGGAAAUUUACUAUGUAGUGUAAGGUUUUACGUGAUGCCCGAUCAAAUGGUUGCUGGUCGAAUUGGUGGUGUAUAUGGUGAAGACGAAGUACUAGAGAUCAAUACUUUGAAUGCUAAUGGUGGCACAGAGCGGCAUAGAUGGCCUGGCAAUGAAUUUCUCAAUGGUGGUAGUAGAAUAGGAUCUAUCUUAAAUGGUGGUGGUGUCGAUGAUUAUAGUUAUGGUAGUGGAAGUAAUUCGUCCGGAACACUACCAUUUGGUUGUUCGGGAUUUGUACUUCGUGCUGAAGAUUUUGUCGAAUGGGUUCGCGGUGGAUUAUGGAAUUAUGACGAUGAAAUUGAAGAUACUGAGUCAGACAAUGAUUCGUUUGAAUCUGAAAGUGGUGAUGAUCAAAAACCAAUUAAAACAGAUAUUUCGAAAGAAGAGGAUGAUCAAGUAUCAAAAUUGCCAACAUUAGUUUCGGAUGUCAAAAGCAAAGUUAAACAGUUAGAAAUUGUACUAGAUGAAAAAACUAAAGUGAAAUUAGAAUCAACUUUUACUACAGACGAAGUUAAAAAAGAACAUGAGAUUACUGCCAUCGUCGAUCAAAGCGAUAAUUGUAGGACUUCAGUAAAAGAAAUUCAUGAUGAUAAUUAUUACCUAAAUUUGGCUGUUGAUGAGGCAGUGAAUGCAGAACGUUUUCCCUUGGCAGCUGCUAAAAUUCAUGAGAAACGGUGUGGGGCUAUGAUUCACCAUAGUGAUCACCAUUGUUGUAGCAUAAAUUGUGAUUCGUUAGUCAACGGUGAUAUUACUAAUGAUGUUAAAAUAAAACGUGAACAUCUGAAUCAUGGAAAUACGAUUGAAGCCCCUGAAAUUGACGAUAAGCGUGAAAUUAACCAAAAGGUUCACUGUAAACAUCAUAAUCGAUGUUCCCAUAGUAAUGACAGGAAUAAAAAAAUCCAUAGUGGUGGUAGAACUAAACAAAAAGUGGUGGUGAUGAGUUACUCUCGAUAUUGUCGAUACAGAGCGCAGUUACAACGUAUGCGUGAAGAACAGUAUAGUAGAGAUUGCAUUAUUAGCAAAGAUGGAACAGAGAGGAAGGUGAUGACUUACCAAGGAGCAAAUACUAAGACCAAGACUCGUGUGCUUUUUUGUCGAGAAACGUAUGAUUUUCCAGCUGAACGUCUUCUGCACCCUUUUUGUGAACUACCAGAUAACGAUCAAAACGCUACUGUAUUAGUCAACCAUAUGGCACCUAAACUAAAAGGCUGGCCUACUUAUCCUGCAUCUUGGAUGUCUUUUCGAUGGAACCGCGUGCGUCGUCAGCUGCGUCAUUUAGAGCGUGAUAAUGGUGAUAACGAAGAUCAGCGCAGACGCCGUCGUCGCCGAAAGCUCAAAAAGACAUGUCGUCAGAAACAGAACGGAACAAGUGGAAUGGCAACUAACUAUUCGUCUUCAACUGAAGACGACUAUUUAGACGAUUCAGAUUCUGAAGACGCAUCGUCAGCUUCAAAUGAUGCCGCUACAAAUUCUACUACCUUUUCUUCUACCUCUACAUCAGAUUCAGAUGGAGCACCGCCAAAUUUGUCAGCUAUGCCUAAAACUCUUAACAAGAAUCAUUCUUCAUCGAAAGUUAAUGGUGGUGUUCAUAGUGACAAAAAGACCCUAUCAUUGCCAUCUACUAGUAGUAUGAUCAUUAUUAAUGGUGCUACUACUAUAACAACAGUUGCUAAUAACAAGCGUAAUGCUACAGCUACAGGACAAUCUGGUCUACAACAGUUGACCAAACGUCGUCGAGUUAUAUAUACCACAGAAAGCGUAACCCAGCAAAAUAAUCAACAACGAGUAUUGUAUCAGCAGCAGCUACAACAACCACAGCCUAGGCAACAACAUUCCAACCUUCGACCUAAACAGUUAGAGCAAUUCCAUCAACUUAGUCAAUCGCAACGUAAUCAACACAUGCUUGUUAUUAAACAACAACAACCAAAACUACAUUCGAUUAGUAGACGAUUACCAACACCUAUUGCAUCUAUACAGCCCUCAACUACUAGAAUAAUUCAUCAUCAUCUACCACCUUCAGUAACUAUUAUGCCGGUCAUAGUACCCACAAGUAAUACUGCUUCUCAACAUCAUCAACAACGAUUUAAUAAUCGUCUGCAAAACAGGCAAAAACAACACUCUACUUCUACAAUAUUAUCAGCUGCUUCACAACGACGAUUUAAUACCAGUGAUCGACAGCAAACGUCACUUCCACCUGUUAUCAUUGAAUAUGAUAACGAUGACAACCAUGAGUAUGCAUCUGAUGAUAAUGGUAGAUACAAAAAGUCUACAAUAGCAGCAGCUAUAGCUGCUUGUCAUCGACGUGUAGAACAACAUGAUUCUGAAGAUAAGAUAAAGCAGCAACGGGAAGAAGAAGAAAGGCAGCGUCGAUGGCUAGUAGAUGCUCUGCGAUUAGGUGGAUUGGAAGUAACAGCAGUGCCAUUAAAUACCAGUAGUGGAAAUAACAGUGGAAGUAGUAAUAAUAUAAAGAUUAGUAGCUCUGUGACAGAAACUGUACAACAGCAACAGAAACAAUGGCGACAGCGUGGUGUAUUGUUUGAAUCAUUGUUAUCAACUGAUAAUGAACAUAAUAAGAAUGACGUUCAACAACACCACAGUGUUGAUGGUGAUGACGACUCAAUCCAAGAAUCGGACUCUGAUUCUGUGGUGAUGACGGUUACACCUGAUGUUGUUUGCAUAUUAAAUAAGUCUCAACAACAGGAAUCAGUGGAAACAAAACACCAACAACAAAUGUCGUCUAGAGAUGUACUUACUUCUACAGCGUCAAUGACGAUGACUCACCAUCAAAAACAACUUCGCCAUUCAAUCAACUCAAAUAAUGAUGGCAAUAGCGGUGGUGAUCAGCGACAACAUCCUGUUACUGCAGCGGUCGCAGCAGCUGCAUUACAUGAUAAAAUAAAUCGUGCAAUUGAUUCGUUGAAACAACAGCAACAGCAAAAGCCGAACACUACUGCACCUGUCAGUAGAGACAAUGUUAUUGUAAUGAGUUCAACUAAUCACCACCAUCCAAAUAGCAGUAAUAAUAAUAAACAACAGCAAAAACAAUAUAAAAAUAAUAGAAUGGCUGGUGUUCGACAGCAACAAACACCACCUCCUCCACUAUUAGAUCUGUCUGUUAAGCCACAGUUGAUGUCCAAUAUCAAUACGAAACAACAGAAACUUUUACCAUCGCCUGCCAUCACAAAAAGUAGUUUUAAACAACUGCAGCAGCAACGGAAAAGCCAGUCACCAUUCCAUUCUGUUUCUAUGACCGUAACAUCAACAGCCCCAGCUAAUUUAGAAAUUACGAUUGUACCUGUCACUGCAUCAUCCACCUCUAGUUCUACGAAGCAUAUAUCUCAGCAGCAGAAACGCAGCUUAUCGACAACAGGAACUUAUAAUUCUAUUAGUGGAACUGAAACUCAAUCUUCAACAUGUUUAUCAUUGACGAAAACAAUCAAGCAACAGCCUCAGCGGCGGAAUGCUACUGCUACCUCAUCAGCAACAGUUUCGGCAUCAGUUCUAGAUUUGAUGUGUGUUGGCAGAAAUCGGAAUCUACAACAGCAGCGAAAUGGUAGAGGUGUAUCGGUAACAACGACAUCUUCACAACAUCAACAAAUACUCGAAAUAGCUGCUUCUGCUGCGACUACAAUUCCGUCUCAACAUCAAAAUGAUAAGCGAAAGUCGCAACAAAAUAAAAAAGAUUAAAUUGAUUGAAUUGUUGACUAUAUUUUUGCCAUUAAUCGCUGUGUUGAAUAAGAUAAAUAUCUAAAUAUAUAUAUAUAUUAAUCAUGUAUAACGUUAAGAUAAAAUGCAUUAUAGAAUUUAGUGUACCUACCUAUGUAUUAAAUUUGUAUAUGUAUAAUAUAAAUAACUGAUGUAUCUAUUCUUUUUUUAUUUUAAUUUGAAAUCUAUGGCUUGUGUGUGCGUGUGCCAGUGUGUAUGUUUGCAACCACAACAGUUACUUUAAUUUUUAUCAAUAUACAAUGUAUAAUUCACAGAGAUAUAAUAUACUUGUAAAAUAUUGUAUACUUAAUUUAAUAAUAUUAUUAAUAAAAUUUAAAAAGGAAAAAUUGAUUUUACCAUGAUAAUAUUGGCAUUACCUUUAUUGUUUUCUCACCAUUAUAUUGUGCAGUAACUUAACCAUGUUAAUAUUAUACCUAUACCAUUAUUGUGUUACCAUUUCCGUUGUAAUAUGUAUAGGUAUCUCUACACUCUUAUUGUCAAUAGUACUGGAGUCUAGAGGCCCAUAGUAUUUGAAAUAUGUAGUAGCUGUAAAAAAAAAAAAAAAAAAAAAACAGUUAAAAAU